AUGGGGUUCAUAUUUGGCCUUAGUUGCUUCGCAAUUGCUUGCACAGAGGAUGCACAAGAGCCAUGUCUGUUCAUCAAUGGAAGGUUCAUUGGCCCAUGCCCCCAGCUGAACCAAACGUCUCCCUCACCGGACACGACUGAUACGCCCACUUCGGAGCCUGAAAAAGGGAUGGAGUCACCGGAAAUGACCGAUUCGCCCUCACCAGACCCUGACAAUGGGAUGGAGAAUCCAACUAACAUAACUGGUGUCCUUGCUGAAUGCAAGUUCAAUGGCUCCCUGGUGGCACCAUUGGCCGCCAUUGAGGCUUGCAUGGUGGUUGAUCAAGACUGCAACCCACAGGUGGUGGUGCCGUUCAGUGGGGGCAAUGAGACUCUACCAGCCAUUCUUGUGAACAAGAUCGUCGAGCAGGCGUGCAGAACCGAGGCGAUCGCGAGCUGCUCCCAAACGGCAUUUUCCACUGUGCCCCCAGAAUGCAAGGACAUUCUGGAAAUGGGUCCGCCCACGCCGAAUGAUGUGUGCCCGGAUGUGAGGGCGGCGAACGAAAUCUUCGAGUCGAGCGUCAGCCUGUAUUGCGAGCAGGAAUUCACUCCCCCAGAGGAGGGGAACUGA